CGUCGAGUUAACGCGAGUUGCAUAAAAGCCAUGUUUGUAUUUCACUUGUGCUACCCGUGGCGUACGAACGGUCGCAGAACACGCCACGAUAUGCAUUCAAGUGCGGAAGCAAACACACCCAUCGCCAGUACUAAUAUACAAGGAAAAAAUGCCUUAAAAAAAGUUCAUUUUGCGGCGCACGCUGCUCUAGUGUAGACUGUUAGAUUGGUUUGGUAAUAGAUGCGCGUUGAACCCUGUUCGAGAAUGAUAUGCGUCUAUUCGCUUGCGUCAAACGUAUGCGGGACCUGUAUGCUUCGAAUUUGCAGCUGAUGCUGACGAUCAUAUCACUGCGACUGCCGGAGGCAAAAGAGCAGAAAUAGAGGUGUUUGCUUGCAUGGUGGUAAUUCAAACUCCCCUUCUGAAUACAACGUGAAGUAUUUGCUGGCGGCAUGUAAAGAAAACGAAAGCUAAAUCUUUAUUAGAAAACAUUCAUUGGAAAAAAUAUUUUGCUUCCAGUUCAAGGUCCCGCUUCAUAACCAUUGGCCCGGCGUCUCACCACGUGACUGAGGUGGUCAUCAGCAUCAUGGGACAGUAUGAUCCAGAAACCAUUGCCAAAUAAAUCCCGGUUAAAAAAAAUAACCACAAACUGGUAUGCCAUUCGAAACUUCCCUGUCGUCUUUCGUUAAUAACAGCUGUUAUACCUCCGCCUCGCUAACACUACUGUCGAAGGAUUAUAAUGGGGGUGGUCCGGAGGAAAUUAACCAUCCCCGAAAUGAAGGAAACUUAAGUGAAGAUUCAAAAAAUCUUCUUAGUGCUGACGAUAACAGUAAUAACGUGGUUGAUGAAAAACUGAGUGAAGAUCAAAAGAAAUACCUCUUACUUCCUCAAAACUUUUACCAACAAGGAAACUGCCCGAACUCUGCACCAGUUGCGUCAUAUUCUUCUCUAAGUUCGGGAAAACUGUAUAACCCCUACCAGGGGAGAAUUCCGAGCCAGUCAAUGUCCCCCUUUUCCUCACAAAUUGCAGAAGAAUGCUCCCGGUCUGCAAAGAGUCCUGCCUUUGAAUCAUCCAACUACAGAGACUAUAGAGAAGAUAAACCAAAGAAUGCUGAACGUGAAGAGCAAGAGCAAAAGAUGUUCGCCCCUGGAGAAGAAUCCAGUGAUGGCUUUGAGCAUAAGCCCAUCUACCCGUGGAUGGUUGAUUCACGGCAUAACACUAGAAACAGACAACAUAUUUAUGAAGGCGAGAAGGAGCAGUUCAACCAGUUUAUGGGUGAACAACCAUCGAAACGAGCUCGUACUGCGUACACUAGCGCACAGUUGGUUGAAUUGGAAAAAGAAUUCCACUUCAAUCGUUAUUUAUGCAGGCCCCGAAGAAUAGAAAUGGCUUCCUUACUGAAUCUUACUGAGCGUCAAAUCAAAAUAUGGUUCCAAAACAGACGUAUGAAAUAUAAAAAAGAACAAAAAUCAAAGGGGCUUUAUAAUCAGUCUACAGAAAAAGAAAUUUCCAGCACAUUAGGAAGUGGAGCAGGUUCAUCCCCUCUUUCUCAUUCACCAACAUCUACAGUAAUUCCGUCAAAUACGAAUUGUAGUGUUGGAAAUACAUUAACCCAGUCUCUCAAUACCGAAUGCACACCAGUGCAAUCAGUAGCUCCAUAUGGUUUGCAUUCAUCACCCAACUCUUGUUCAAGCAUUAAUUCCUGUUCCAUUCGCGUGAAUUCCGAUAUUUUAUUAAGUUCACCAAGCAAAUUGUCUGCAUCACAUCAGUCUGUGUUCAACACUUCAAAUGGAAGUAAGUUAUAUCCUGCUUCAAAUAUGUCUCGAGGAAUCCAGUACCAAAAUGCAUUCACUGAUAAGUCAGCUUUUCCUCAUCGUCAUAUGCAACAUGAGUCUUCGUAUUCUCAAAGUGAUGCAGAUAAAAAGCGUCUUAUGUCAUCUCCCUCUGCGUCAUCUACGCCUUCUCACUGUGUUUCCACUCCACCUUCACCAGCGUCGCCAUUUCAGCUUAAUUUUAACCAACAAGCCUUAACUGAUCCACAAGAUAAUCCUUUCCCUUCGGAAAGUGAUACUGCACUGAAGAACAACGCCUUCUAUUACAAUACAGGUGUUGCAGCAAGGCUUGUUGUUCAACCUCAUCCAGCGUGGGAUCAAACUAAUAUGCAUAUGCCAUUUCAAAACAAUAUGCAGAAUUCUAUGGGUUUACUGUGCACAGCUGUUGAUUAUACAACACCAAAUAAUGUUCGAGCGAUUGUGAAUAAUUCAGCGUAUCAAAAUCAGCUGCAUUCUGGAUCAUAUUACUAUCACCAUCCUCAACAGAUGAUUGCUAGUGGACAGAUGUCUCAUGAAUGGUUAGUUCCAGCUCAGGAAGCAAACAGAGGCCCGAAGUACACGGUACCUUCUUCACCACCCAAAUUGGCACAUUUAUGAUUUGCAUGCAGAACACAAAGGUCUUUUGUCAGUGAAAAAAAUAUUAUGUGCUAUAAAAGUGCAUUUUGGGAAUGCAAAGAAAUUAUUAAAUAGAGAAUUAUUAAUAAAUUGGUACAUUUAUGACUUGCAUGCAGAUCACAAAGCUCUCCUUUAUUUGUGAAAAAAAUAUUAUGUAUUAUUCAGUACAUUUUGGGAAUGCAAAGGAAUUAUUUUCAGAAAGAGAUAUAUAUUCCUGCAUAAAGCGCCUAUGUGCUAAUAUUGUUUAUUUAAAGCGAAAGGAAGUGGUUUAAACAGAAAUAAUAUUUUAUUAACUAAUCUUAUAUUACUCAAACAAGUUCCCACGGAGACUCUAAAUUGUGCGAGCAACAUACUCAGGCUAAUGAAUGAGCUUGAAAUCCUUAACUCUUCAAACAGCAACUUAUUAAACUGCUACUCGAAUUCUUUCAAGGACUAGAAUUCUCAAACUUAAUUUUUUUAAAUAGCAUCAAAGACAAUGAAACUAAUUAUAAAGCUAUUAUUUAACUAUUUUAUGUAAAAUAGUGUGUUUUGUUCUUUACAGAUAAGAAUUAUGAAAAAUUACGAUUUAUAAUUAGUGAUGAGCAUUUUAUGUUUACUGAUCACUUAUUCUCGUUUAGAGAAUAAAUAUCAGCUUCUUGUGGUGAUAUAUGAAAACCGAAACGAAGAAAGAAAUUCGGUGUUUUGUGUAAAAAGGUUGCUUUGACCAAAAAUUCGUCCAGAUAUUCUGCUUUUGUCCCAAGAUAUUUGAUAAAAUAAAAAUGCUUUGUUAAUAAUAACAGUAUAAGCAAUUUGUAUCGCAUAUUUUAUGCAUAAUAUUAAUAAAUUUUUAAACUAUUACAAGCAAUAUUAAAAUUAAGCUCUUUGCUAUAUAAAAAUCAAUUUUUAUUAAAAGGCAAAUGAUAUAUGUACACAUAUAAAUCUGUAGGAUUAUACAGAUUAUACCGAAUAUCAAAUAAUGUUUAGAUUUUUAGCAAUGCUCAGUGCUUUGUUUUAAGCAGCAUUAGUCUAAAAUAAAUUCUAUUAGCAAUUUACUUUAAAUAUUUUUAAGAAAACUCCACUUGAUGCUAAAAAAAUAAUCUAGCAUUUUCGUAAUAGAUUAAAAAUUAGUUUAUGUAAAAUUUUCUGAUCUUUAGAUCAGAACUUCCGAAUUCAUUGCAAAACACUACAAU